AUGGCUCAAAGGAUACGGUCCGGGAUUCUAUCUCUCCUUCUCAUAACUCCCUUCCUGCGAUCUCGCACUUGGCUUCUGCGAAACCAGCUCGUGGGCGUCCCGGUGUACAACCGCGUAAGCGGAAAUUCUUCUCUCGAACGACUCCGCCAGGAGCACAACCUCGCAACAUGGAUCGUGACGGCGGUCUGUUUCUCAUCCACACUCCGGACCAUGGACCGAGUGGAGAGAUCUGUUCUCCCAGCCGUGGCGGAUCCGAUCGCCUUCCGCAACGCGUUCAUCAGUGAUUUCAGCAGUCUCGCCGUCACGGGCGCCAUCAUCUCGCAGGUGGCCAUCACGGCGAUCGCGCUCCCCUUCGUUAGAGAAGCGCAUUGGACCGCUCAGGGCGCGUUCAUCACGAGUCUGGUGCUAGGCUGUCUGUCCGUGUUCUUCUCGACUCGCAUUCAGCGGUCGCUGACCGCGCUGGCGAGUGCCGAGGACGUCAAGGAUUGGCUGUGCAAGCCUGUCUCAAAGAAGGAUUACAAAGCCUUCGAAAGGGAGUUGAGACCGAGGAUCAUACACGCUCAAGCUUCCCCAGCCACGGCGGCAGAACGGGAGGUUCUCAGGACGGAGAUCGUGCAGUUUCUCGAGAAGCAUCGGUGGAAGCACGCCAGUUUUUAUGCGUGUGCUUCCCUCUCAACGCCGCCCGAGCUACUUAAUGCCUCGAUGGGUUCGUUCUUAGUGGGGCUGGGCAUAUACUUGGGGUGUGUGUGGGCGCAGAAUCUUGAUCCUGUGGCGGGGCCGACCGCUUCCAGAGCAAUCCUGAUCUGUUUUGUCACGGUUGCAGCGCUGGGGAUUGGUCGGUUUUACUGGGCGGAUCAAGGGAAGGAGAAGGAACUAUCACCGAUUAGAGGAUGGCUUAACGAUCUCAAAGUGGAUGUUGUUGCAGUCAGCACCACCGCUGGAGACUUGGAAACUGGUGUGGACUCUGGGUUGUCGACUGGGACGGAUCAUAAUGAACAGUCGAAAGCUGCUACUGUCGUUCAUACGGUCUAA